CUUGCAGUGCUUUCAGCUUAUCUGUCUCCGAAGUGAGGGGCAUUCCUGUCUUUGGCAGUUGUCACCAGAAAAAGUGUCCAUAUCGGAAGAGUUCCUCCUGCUCUUGCUGUGAUGACAUUGUUCACCAAGACAAAUGGAGAAGCAGGAGGAGAAGCUGAUGCUGGUCUUGGAUGCUGUGGAUGGCUUCUGGUCAUUAUAUCAUUUUUCUUCACCCUUGUAACAUUUCCUAUCUCCGUAUGGAUGUGUAUAAAGAUUGUGAAGGAGUACGAGCGAGCGAUCAUUUUCCGUCUGGGCCGUAUUCUGCGUGGUGGUGCGAAGGGGCCAGGUCUCUUCUUUGUGCUUCCCUGUACUGAUAGCUGCAUUAAGGUGGAUAUGAGGACCAUCUCCUUUGACAUUCCCCCACAAGAGAUUUUGACUAAAGACUCAGUGACAGUCAGUGUGGAUGGCGUCGUCUAUUACCGGGUACAGAAUGCCAUCUUGGCUGUGGCAAACAUCACAAAUGCAGAUUCAGCCACCAGACUUCUAGCACAGACCACCCUCCGCAAUGUCCUGGGCACGAAGAACCUGUCGCAGAUCUUAUCAGACAGAGAGGAGAUUGCACAUAACAUGCAGUCCACGCUUGAUGUCGCCACUGAUGACUGGGGUAUCAAAGUGGAGCGUGUAGAGAUCAAGGAUGUCAAGUUGCCAGUUCAACUUCAGCGGGCCAUGGCAGCAGAGGCGGAGGCUACCAGGGAAGCAAGAGCCAAGGUAAUUGCAGCAGAAGGCGAGAUGAACGCUUCCAGAGCUCUUAAAGAAGCUUCCAUUGUAAUCUCAGAGUCCCCGGCCGCCUUGCAGCUCCGAUACCUCCAGACACUGACAACCAUCGCUGCAGAAAAGAAUUCCACCAUCAUCUUCCCAUUGCCCAUCGAUAUGCUGCAGGGUGUGAUGAGUGGCAGGAAAUAGCACCCCGCCACGUUUUAGAAAAAAAAAAGUUCUAUGUAUCAAUGCAUUGCCUAUAAUUUCACAAUGCCUAUAAAGACCAUUUUUUUAAUUUAGCUUUGCCCUGUCAAGUCAGGCACAAAAAUAUUUUUACAUAUCACAUUUAUAUUGAAUAAUUUAUCUGCAAGACGUCUGAAUGUUUCAAGAUGUUAGUUGUGACAACCCAACCUGUGUAUGGCUUUAUUACAGCACUGCAAAAGCCACUUGCAGCAACUCAUAGCAACCAGUCAACGUUCUUGGUUAGUUUAUGGCUCAGAACAGUGAGAUCAUUUGGUUUUGUUGUCCAGGCUUGCUACUAUGCAAACUUUUUCACCUAGUUCAGUAAAACUGCAGCUGGCUGCAAUGCAACCAUGCAGAACAGGAAGUAAUAAAGAGCCACAAAAUCUCAUGGGAGGCAAAAAGAUAACCAAAAAUAUUGGCAAAAAAAUAAAUAGUACCGUAUAUGAAAAAGAAGACAGUACGGUUUGACAAUAUGCUGAAGCUCCACAGCUAACAUUUCCAUUGGAUUUUCUUUUACAUUUUUCUGUACAAGACACCAAGUGUAAAAUUUCUACCACAAGGACAAAACACAUGAAAGCUGAGUGCUGAUUAAUACAAGGAAAUGCCACUUUUGCGUUUUCCAUGUGAACUGGCCCUUUACUAGCUGGUAUAGAAAGACUUACGGAUCUGGGAAUUCGUAGUUUACUGUAGUUUUGCUUUUGGGACCACCCUCCUAAUUGUAUGGGUGAUGUAGGAAUUCCAUUCAUUUGCAUUUCCUUUUUAUAGUCUAGUUUAAAAAAAAAAAAAGGUUUAGGUCCCAAAAUGAAUUAUUUUUCUUCAGAGCUCAUUUCCUGUCUGAUACUUACUGAAGUGUUCUGCAGGCAGCCCCUCCGCAGUCCAAAUCACAAACUUAUAGUUUUUCAAAGCAUAUUCAAGGAACACAAGCUAACACAAGAGUGUUGUAAUGUGCUAGCGAAUCGAUCUUUGUAUGCCAGCAACAUCUUUGUGUAGCAGCUUGUGUCGUAAAUAGUGUGGCUUACACACCUACAGAGCAUCCUGGACAACCAAAAGUGACUGUCAGAGCUCCACACCUCUUUACCGGUCCUUUCUGCUGAAUAAAUAGGACAUAACAGUAAACAAAAUUCUUUACAAGACCCAAUCCCAAUUAAAAAUGUACAAGGGGGGGGGGGGGGAAGGUAGGCAUGGUCCUUUCUAGCUUCCCGACUGGAACAGGUUCGAUGACCAACAGACGGGCUGUAUUGUGGACUGGGAGCAAACUUACAGAGACAAAACCUGCAGAGACAUAAAACCUGCAUAGAGCUACAGCUAACUACACCUCCCCUGUAUCUACUGAUCAUUUUGACAAACACCCACUGUGAAAGGAUGACUUGCAGCCCCCCAGAGGGGCAAUUCGGGUCACUGCUGCUGUUAAAAAUGCCUUCUGUUUUCUUUAAUCUUUAGGGCCGCUUCACACUGCUUUGUGAUGGCAUGCGAUUCGCACCGUACUGCAGUGCAAAUCACGUGCGAUGCAAAUUCAGCCAUACAGAUAGUAUGGCUGGCCUUGCAUCGCAUUUGGACCAAACUUGCACAGAACCCUUUUUUGGUCCGCAGCAGAAUCGGAUCGCAUGGGUGUUCACACACAUGCGAUCAGAUUCCUUUCUGAAUUUGCAGAUCGCACUGCGAUAUGCAAACUGAUUGGGGGGGGGGGGGGGUGAGUGUGUCAAUUCACACUCCCAGCAGGUCGCAUAAGGCAGUAUGAACUGCUGCCGAUAGACAGGCGAUGGGGGAACGCGCAGUGGAUUCACAGGGUCCCUGCAUUGCAACAGUGUGAACUGGCCCUUUAUUCAGCUUCUUAACUAUAUUCUUGUAAACAGUUUUUAUAUUUGUUGGUUUUGUUACAAAGUUCCUAAAUUUCAGAAGACAUUGCUUUUAACUAAACAGCUUGAUUAGAAGAACAUUAUUUUGAACAGAUCUUAUGUAAUUAAGGUCUUUUUCUAUACAGUUGUUAAGUAAAUGAUGUAUUUAAAAUGUUUUGUCUGUUCUGCCUUUAUUUAUUCUAGGAAUUCAGAAUGAGCAAUUAAAUUAUCCAGAUUUAGUGCAGCCUGAAUGCAAUAUAUUUAACAGCAAUAUCAUUACCACAUACACAUUAAAAGAAUUGGGCUGCA